ACAAAUAAAUAAAAUUGAACGCAGUGAACAUUAAGUUACGAAAUAUUGAACAAUCAAUUAUUUAAAAAAAAAUUGCGCCAAAAUUCUUGCAAAUCAUAAAUAAAUAUUUAAUGUCGCUACAAGUUAAAUCAGCACAUGGAAUGAAUAGACUUGGUUCAAAUGUGAAAUUCGACUUAGGAAAAGCCAAUCAGAAAUAAAGUGAAUUGAAUAAGAAUAAAAAAAAAACGAAAAGUUACACGAUUAAGACGACUCGCGAAUACUAUAAAACAAUUAACGCAUUUCUCAACGGUGCUCAAAGAAAAUAAGUAAUGUCCAUUGUGGGUGCCAUCGAAGAAGUGCUCCAACCCGAAGACUUUGAUAGCGAAGAUCAAGCAACAAGUUUACACAGAGAGGAAGAGGGUGGUGGAGGCCACACAGCAGCCAUGGAAAACGAAAAGCGUAUGAGACGCGAAAUUGCAAACAGCAAUGAAAGACGACGAAUGCAGAGCAUCAAUGCUGGCUUUCAAAGCUUACGAUCACUGUUGCCACACCAUGAAGGCGAGAAAUUGAGUAAGGCUGCCAUUUUACAACAGACCGCUCAAUACAUUAUCGCAUUGGAAAGUGAAAAAACACAAUUACUUACACAAAAUUGCCAGUUGAAGCGAUUGGUCGAUCAAAAUGAUAAUGCUGGUGUUGUUGAAGUAGUGCAAACAGUGACCCCAACAAAUACAACAACCACCGGAACUACACAACAGCCGCAUGCACUAAAGAAACGUAAAAUUGACACGAUCUAUACAAUGCAAACGAUAUCCGAUUCGUCCGACGAAGGUCUUGGUUCAAUGUCACCCGAACCAACCACAGUAACAUUGUUGUCAUCAUCGACGUCAUCAUCGAAUCCAACAACAGUUGUUGCCGGCACUGCAAUGAUUUCAAAACAAACAAAUGGAACGAUGAAUGCCAAAGAGUUCAUCGAAAUGAAAACAUUGCUCGAAAUGGAGCGUCGCAAAAAUUCAGCGCUUGAAGAUCGUUUGCGUCAGCUAACUGAAUGCCAUCAAACGACCACAAUCUAUACGAAUGGUGAACGAAUUAGCUACGAACCACAUGAAGUGAUCGAACACACCGACAAUUUACGCCAUGCGGACGAACAGCAACAACAACAUCAGCAACAACAGCAGCAACAACAACAAGUUCAAACUGUGCUGGUCGACAAAGUCCAUCAUAAUAUGCAAAAUGUGCAUGUGCUUGCAAUCGAUACAAUUCCAACAGUUGGCCAAACACAGGUGGUUAUGUGCGCGCCGGUUGAACAUGAUGAUGUCGAAAUGGUCGAGACCAUGUCACGUAUGCAUCGCAAUCAACCACAAAUUGAUGAUGAUGAUUCGCGUACAUUGUCACCAUGCGAUAUGAUGCAUCAAAAAGAGGAGCUAAUCAUAAACAAUAGCCGACCACAAUCACCAUACAUUGAAAGUCAUCAUAUACAAACACAUCCGAUGGUCGCACAUAAGGGCACAAUUCGAUUGCAACCAAUACUUGAGGCUGCCAUCAAAGCCGAACCAAAAGUCGAAGUCGAACGCAUCCAUUCGCCGGGCAGCAUGACUGUGCUCAAAGAUUGCAAUAAUGAUGCCAUCGCCACAAAUGGCACAACGGUGAAUCAAACACAAUCCAGAAUGUUCAUCACACAUCAGAACACAUCACGACAGAAUUUGGAAACCAUUGUCGAAGCCAUCAGACACUUGGAAGGCGAUCAAUUGUUUGGCGAAAUUGAACCAACCGCCCAACCGACUCAAGAGGCUCCGCUUGCCCUAACCAACAAACCAAGCCAGCAACAGCAGCAUCAUCAUCAUCAUCAUCACCAUCAUCAAUCUCAGCCCAUUCAAGUCGAAAUGAAUCCAUUCUUACAAUUUCGCACAACAUCAUCAAAUUCAAGUGGUGCAACAAUUGUAUCACAAAUUCAUCCACAUCAUUCGAUCAACAAUCGGCCGGGCGUCAUCGUUGUUAAACAAAAUUCUUGAGCUGCUCACAGCAAACAGCAUACUACGACUUUACAAUUGGGAUCUAGUGCAGCAGCGUACUAUAAAAAUCAAACUAUUAUUUGGCCAUCAGCAUGAACACGCUUGCAACGCAGAACUCAAAUUUAAAAUUAAAUUUUUAUUAAACAUUUAUUAUUAUUUUCAUUUUUCUUUCGGAAUUAAGGAGGAAUCCAUCAAUGUGUAUAUUUGAGGAUUAUUAUUAUUAUUAUUAUAUUAUUGGAUGAUAAGUUUUAGAGUACGCAAGCGUAUAAGUAUAAUGUUAAAGCAAAAAAAAAAGUUGAAAAGCUGCAAAAAAAAAUUCAGUUGUAAAAUUUAAUUUCAAACACAACCGAACACAACAUAAUACAUUGAGGGACAACGUGUACGUUUAAAGAGGUACACGUUACAAUUCGAAAAUGAUUCGAAUUUAUAAGAGUUACACAUUCAGACCGUAUUGAGUUAUUAUGUUCAUUUAAUUCGUUUUGUUCGAAACAAGGAGGGAAAUGAUUAUUCAAACGACGAAAUCGACUGAUGUCGUUCAUCGAACUAAUAUCAAUUUUAAACUAAAACACACACACACACUAAACGUAAAAAUGUCACAUGUAGAUGUUUUUGAUGAAUGUAUGCAGAAAAUAAGUAAAAAAAAUUUCAUAAAUAAAAAUUCAAAGCUGGCGGGCAGAGCAAAAAUGGAAUAUUUGAAGAAAAAAAAAACGAAAAUUAAAAAACUUCGUCAUCAAUAUAUUUACAAACACUCGCAUAGCACACAAGUAAACAAUUCUAGAAGGUGACGCUAAAUAUUUGAAAUGGUAUAACUAUGCUACUCUAUACACAUACACAUACACACAGAGAAUUAACCUUACCGAGCAUGCUAUAGCAAAAACAAAAAACGGCUUGGAGUUUGUAUUUUCAAGAGCUUUGAAAGUUACACGAAACAUAAAUCGUAUGUUAACAAUUAAAGCUUAUCUCACACACACACACAUCCAAUGUAAGCGUUAACGGCAAAAGUUAUUCUGAAACAUUUUAAUUAUCCUUUUACCAGUUGAAGUAGAUGCUCGCUUGCGACACAGCAACAGACCGAGUGACAGAGAAAGAAGAUGAAUAGGAUGAACGGAAUAGCUUAAAUUAAGUGAAAAAGAUUAGAUACACAACAGUGGCUAGGAAAUGUGAAACAACUUAUACAUGUUGAGAAAGACACGUAUACAAAAUAUGCAGAAAUUCAUGCUGAUAUUGAGACGAAUGAAAUGCAUAAUGAUUUCGAUGUUUUAACAAGUCGGUUGUAACAAACAAGAAAAGUUUAAUUGGAUUUCGAUUCUAUUCACCCCGAAAAAUGCUGCAACAAACAUCUAUACACCAGAUGAGAACAAAAUUUUAAUGACGUCAAUAAAUCCUUGCAUUUUCAUAUUACUACUAUUAGAGAUAGAUAAAAAAAAGCGAAAAAGAUAGAGAAUUGACAAGCACACUCAAUUUUAGCGAACCAAAACCGAUAUAUACACACACAUACUAACAUUCACACCGAUAAAAAAAACUACACACAUAAAUGAAACGAUAUCGAUAGAAAAUAUUGACAACAUCGUAAAAUAGUUUGAUGUAAUUUAAAACGUGUAAUAAAAAUAGAAAAAAAAGGAAACGAAACAUUUGCAAAACAAAAUAAAAUGGUAAAAUAAGCACAGUUUACAAACAACAACCAACAAACAAACAUCCUAACAUUUCUUUUUCAUCGAGCUCAUGCUCUAGAGUGAGCGAGAGAGCAAGAGAAAUUGAUCCGAAUCACAACAAAAAAAUUUUUCGAAAAUAUAUUCGUAGCAACAAAAAAAAAAUCAGAAACACACACUCACACUACAAAGCAACAUGUGUAAAUAAAUAUGGGAGAAGUGCUUAACUGAAAAGUCGCUGGUUGAAAAUAAUACUAUAAAAACCAUCCGAAUACAGAUACGGAGAAUAAAAAUGUGCUAAUGAAAUGAGCUAAACAUUCAACGACAUACAAAGUAACGAAGCAAAGAAAUGCGUUUUAAAAAUCGACAAUCAACUUACUUCUGUUGAAAGAAACAAACAAAAAAAAAGUUAUUACUAAUAGUCAUACACAUACGAGAAAAGAGAUAAACCGAGCAAAAACGUAUAUGCAUUUUGCUUACAACACACAUUUAAAUAACACGUAUUGAUCAAAUCAAUCAACAAAUCGGUGCAGAAACAACACAAUUAAUACAUGUUGAUUUAGUAAAAUUUUGGAACCAAAUUUAGCGAAAUUUGAAACAAAUGACAAUUGUUUUUUAAAACAAAAGAUUUUUUAUAGUCAAAUGUUGAAAGAAGAAACAAGAUUUAAGAAAAACCACAUUAACGAAUCUUAGAGAUGCAUUUUUUUAUGAAGUAUUAAAAUCAUACAUACACACAAGACUCAAUUAUUUAGACAAAGAAGGUUAAAACCAGCGACUUAAGUUACACACAUACACACAUUUUAUAGAUGAAUAUAUAAAAAAAAACAACAAUCGAAGUGAAUUGCACAACUAAAAGUGAAUUCAUGUGAAAAAAUUAAGUAAAUUUUAUUCACACCGAUUGAACUAAAAAAAAACCUAAAAAUAAACAAGUCUUUUUUGAGAAUAAGUAACUAUAAAUACAAACAAACAACAAAACAUAAACGGUUUCAUUUUCUCCAGUAAACAUGAACACCAGACACACGAAUUACGGCGUGCAAUAAUGCUUUUUAAUGAGCGUAUUUUACAUUAAAUUUAGGAUCGAACAGGACGAAUUCGACGAUCUCAAAAUACGCCCCCCCCCCCCGCCCCCCCGACAAAAUACACACAGAAAAAGUUAGAACACAUAGCACUUACCACCACCCGCACUCCCUAGUCCCUUCCUCUACCUCCACCACCUCCUGUCCAACAGAAAAACACAUUAAAGGAAUUCAAUUUCUAUAGCCAUUAGAAUGACGUUUAGACAACACUUAUAUAUAUACAUAUAUACAAGAGACACAUUUAAUCCAUGAAAGAAUAUUGUUCAUUGAACAAUCUCAAUUGAAAUGAGAUAAGAAUAAUUUAAAAAGCGAUGGAUAAAAAAACACAUACAACUAAUGGUCAUCAUAAAAAAUAACUCUACAGCAUAUUCAAAAUGAUAGUUCGUCUCUGUCAUUUUGAUGAGUAUGAAAUGAAACGAAUCGAGUAAAGAAAAAGAAAAUAUUAAUUAUUAUAUUAUAAUAAAGAAAAACAUAGCUAAAUAGAUGUUUAAGCAUACAGAAUAAUGAACUUUUUGGUUCGCAUUAGCAUUUCGUACUAUACGUAUAAUCACGAAUUUAGCGAAGUGUUUUUUUUCGGCCACAAAAUAUACACAAACACUCAAUAAAUGUUGUUAACAUGCAUAUAAUAAACGCAAAUUCAUUCAGAUUCAAAACUAUAAAUUCAAUGUGAAAACAUAGUGGCAAGAUGAAAGAAAAUGAAAUCAUAUGUAAAGAUAUAUUUAUUUUAAGUAAAUCAAUUUUCAGUUCCUUAAAUUGCAUACGAAGCGACAGAUGGCAAUAAAACAAAAAUAACAACCGAAAAACAUACAUACAUAAAUAUUUGGUAUUGUCGCUGCAUUGUGUUAGUAUAAAAAAUUCAAUUAGCUGAAUUUGCUAUAAUUUCACUUAAUCAAUAAUUUAAAUCGUUAUUUUUAGGAAAGAGAAAAUCGAAAUCACAGAGAUUUUUUUUGUUUAAUUAAUUGGUUGCCAGGAUUUACAUGUUUUCUUGAUUUGACCCAACAUAUUCGUUAUUCAUUGACAAUCGGUCAAUACCGAGAGAAAGAAAACACGAAUGAAACAUUUGAAUAUGCCACGGCAUCAUAAAUCAAUGCAAAUCCUGUGUAAUUGUUCAUUUUUGCCAUGAUAAAAUAAAUAGGUACAUAUGCCUAUAUACGAAGUCCUAUUAUUCUCUCAGCGUUUUAAAAUAACAAAUUUAUAUCUCAUCGCCCCCCCCCUUCUCGUUCAUGUCUUGUUUUUGUUUUUCUUCUUCUCAUCGAAAACUAAAAUCCAUAAACUCUAUUACAAAAUCAUUAAAAAAAUAAACCACAUAGUCUCCGCCGCGAUAAAUUGAGCCAAAUAGCAAAUGAAUUAACAAAAAAAAAAAAAUCCAUAGCAUAGACAACAAAACAUAUAUAAAUUCGUUUCGAAGUGAAUUUAAAAUGAACCAAAUGAUUUAUUUUUAUUAAUUUCUGUGAAAUUUUCUAUACACCAAUAUUACGAUAAUUAUUUUAAUCGGAUCCAUCCCCCCCAUAGAACUGAAACAAUCACAUACAUACACCACGUGGCAAAUGAGCAACAUUUUAAAAAAACUACCUAUGUAUUCGCAAAAUUCAUUUUCAUUUUGUGCAACAACAACAACAAAAAACAUACAUAUAAACACAAAAAACCGACAAAAAGAAACACCCUUCCAAAAACAAACCAUUUUAUUUUAAAAAAACAUUCUUUUUACCCUGAAUCACCUUCUUCUCAAAUACACAUUUUGUCAUUGGGUAAAUAUUGCAUUUUUAAUGUUCUUAAAUUUAUAGAUUCAUAGGAAACUGAUGCAAAAAAAACUAAAAAAUUGUGGGUUGAAAAAGAGACCCGCACAGAAAAAAAAUCGAAAAUAAAAACUUUAAUGAAAAUAAUAGCAAAAAAAAAACACAUAAAAAAUAACAAUAUAGACUAUAUGCAUAAGAAUUUAGCAGUUAAGGUGUUUCUUUGAUAAAUGAUGAGAAUUUCACAUGGCUUCAUUGACAUACCAAACAAUUAUUUUAUACAUCGCAAGUAUAUCCACUUAAUUCCGAAAUUAUAUGAAAUGAAACAAAAAACACGUUUGUUGCAACAAAAAAAAAAGAAGAAAUAAUCGUUUGGUAUUGAUAUUGAACGUAAUGAAUAUUAUAACUAAAACGGAAAAUUUUCCUGUCAUUUAUCACAGGCUUAUUUAUUUCCGAACAUUUUAAUUGUUAAAAUUAUUAGAAAUUUUAUCAACAAAAAUAAAACAAAAUUCUAUUUUGUGUGGGCUAGAAUUUUAAGCACACAAUAUUUUGAUUGAAUCGUCAACAUUUAAACGAAACAUAAAAAAAAUUGAUUAAAAAAUUUUCAAAAAAAAAAAAAAAAUACGAAAAAAACAUUGAUAUGGAAUUGGCACAGACUGGCAAAUGAGUAUUGGCAUUGAAUUUGUUCCUUCCUCUCAGACUCAAUCCCAAGCCCCAUUUUAGAAAAUUCAUAUUGGCAAAAUUUGUGAUUUAUUUUAGUGAAAAGAGAAAUUGAAAAGAAAAAAAAAAGAAUUAGGCACAUGUAGAAUAUGUGAACGACAAGCGCAUUCAUUAAGUUCGAUUGGUCACGAAUUUUGCAUUCAAAAGAAUGUAAAUACAUACAGUAUGCGUUAGAUUUUCGUUCGUAGAACAUUCACUCCAUUUUUAUUUUCAUUUUUAACUUAAAUUUAAAUUAUCUAAAUUAACUAAAAAAAAAUGUUUCACAACGGUAGAUUAUGCGCAGCUUAAAGUUGCCACAAUCAACAAUUUAAUUAAACAUAAUUAUCUUUCUGUUUAGACAAAGUAAAAUAAAAACUAAAUUAAUUCCUUAUAAUUUUAGUUGGCCAAGAGCCACAAUUGGUUUUAGCAAAAAAAAAAAAUACUAUAAAAAAUUGGAUUGAUUUGUGAUUUCAAAAAAAAAAAAAUCAAAAUUGAAAUUUUUUUUUGACCAAACCGAGAAAAAAAAGAAAUAUAUUUUUAAUGAUUCCUUUCGGCGUUAUUCGGCAUGUUAAAUGAAAAAAAUUGAUUGGUGAAAAUGAAUGUAAAUUGAUGAAUUUUGUUAAAUAUGGUGAGGUUUGUGUGUGAGAGCGAGAGAAAAGAGUAACCCUUUUUGGAGUAAAGAAAAAAAUGACGAAAAAUUUUUCGAAGAAAAAAAAAUUGAUAAAAAAAAUCUCAUUUAAUAUAAAAUAUGUGUUUGACGUGUUUAUGUGCAUUCGUGAAUAAGUGGUCGACUAAAUAUAAUCAGUUGAUGGUUAUAGAAAAGAGCCCAGCCACAUCCCGUCCAUGUAAGCGCUAAAGGGAUUAACCGUCGCUUAAUGAAUUAUGGAAUUCACGAUGUGAAUGUAGGGGAGGCGAGCAUUUCAUUUGGAAUCGCUUAUUAUAUUUAGUCGGCUGAUUGUGAGUGUGCACAUUUAUAUAUCUAAUCUAAUGAGUUAUACGAUAAUCCAUAAACAUUCAUAUAGAGAAAUUCACUUGAAAUGAAUCAUAAGGAAGCUGAAUGGAACGUAAACAAAAAAAAUUGAAUUACAGCAAAAACAAAAUUAAUACAACUAAUUUAUAAGGAAAACACAUACACGGAUUAUUACAACAAUAUACAAUUUAAGGAAACAAAAUUUAUGGAUAGACUAUAAGGCACAUAAUUAUUAUUCAAAAAGAAAAAAAAAUGUACAUAAACUUGACUUGAAAUAUACUACUAUACACUACUUAUUAA